AUAAAAUAAUUUGUUUAUAAAAUAAUAAUAUUAAAAUAUAGCUGUUUCUUUUUUUUUUUUUGUCCUCAUUAAUUUAUAAUAAUGUUAAUUUUGUUGUUAUUAUUGUGUGCAAGAUAUUUUUCAUUAUAAAUUAUUUUUCUUUUUGUUAAUAAAUAUAUAUUUAACACAUUGUUUAUUGUCAUGAUAAUAAAUUAUUAAAGGAUAUUUAAAUAUUUCAUGUUUAUUAUUAAUAUUAAUAGAUGUAUAUAUUAUUAUAGUGUAUUAAUACUGUUUUUUAAUAAUAAAAAAAUUAAUUUAAAAAUUGCCUUUUUUUAAUUUUGUUUUGUGUUGAUUUCAGUUGAUCUUCAAGAUGUGUGAGUGAGUGUGUAAAAGAGAGUGUGGUACUUUUAUUUUUUUUGUUGCAUUUUGUUGUGUUUAUCAUCACAAAGAUCCAGUAAUUUUUUGACAAUUUAUUUGUUGUAAAGAUUGAUAAUUAAAAUGACAAAAAUUAUUAAUUUAAGACCAGAUAAAAGUCUUUUAAAUUCAAAUUUUGAAAAGUAUCAAUUUUCAUCAGAUGUUGUUGUUGUCACCAAGGAGAAGAGUCUCACUAAAGAUGUUUAUCGUCAAGAGCCAUUGACUGGUCAAGAUUCUUGGCUUGAAGCUCGACUAUUUGCUUUUCAUAAUCACCUAUUUGAAAAUCCAUUUGAUUCAUCAUGUUGGUUUUGUGAUGAUGAUUUAAAAAUAUGGAAAAUCAACAAAGAUGGAGAUCUUCUUCAUGUACAUACUUUACCAGAUAAUAAUAAAGAAAAGCUAUACAAUCCAACAAUAACAUUUGCAUCUGAUAAAAUAAUAGUUUUAACAUCAGGUGGUGAUAGUAUAGAAUUUUUAAUUAUGAGUAAUGAUGAUACUGGUGAUAAUAAAUCAUUCAGUAUUGAUAAAAUUGAAUCUGGUAUAUUGAUGGAUUCAAAAUUAAUCAAUGAAAAAUUACAAAUUAUUGUUGCAAUGUGUUCAAUAACUGAUUCAGAUAUUAAAAAUAAAAAACAUUCGAAAAUUAGCUUAUUAACAUUUACCAUUGACAAUAAUAAUUUACCAGAAAAAAUUGAUAUUUUUAAACGACAAGAACUAACAGUCAAUGGACCAGUUGAAUACAUUUUUGUUGAAUCAAAUGGAGAAUUUAUAAAUAUGUUGAGUCAAGAUAAAGCAGUAUUUAAAUUUGAUUCGUUAAAUAAAAUUAAACAAGAUGUUGAUGAAGUAAAUGACAAAAAUGAUGUAAAAAUUCCAAAAUAUUGUUGGUCACAAGAUGAGGAUUCAUUGACAGUAUGGAUUAAAAUACCAGAAAAAUAUUUAAAUGCAAAAAAAAAUGUUAAAAUAACAGCUAACACAAUAACUGUUGAUGUUGAAGAAACAAUAUUGAUUCAGGGAGAGACACAGUAUCGUUUAGAUGCUGAAACAGCAACUUGGAAUAAUGAAAAAGAUGCACUCAAAUUAGAACUGAUGAAAUCAGUUAGUGGACAAAUGUGGAAUGAAUUAAUAAAAGGUGAUAAUGGAGGUGAACAUUUACCAAAUGCAGCACUUGCUGAUGAAAUACAUUCAAGACUUGCACAUUUAUGCUCAGAUGAACCAGUUACAGCUGAAAGUUUACAGCCAACUGUUGGUUUUAAUGUUGAUCAACUUGAAGAAUGUGAUUUAGAAGGAAAAGAUAAUUAUAUUCAACGUAUUAAUAUUAUAAAUCAUACAACAACACAUUUAGCAAUGCUUGGUUCACAUAAUCAUAUUUUAUUUACUCAAAAAUUACCAUCAAGUCAAACAAUUUGUAUAAGACAUGAUCAUGAUGGUUGUGUUUGGAAUACACAAGAUGUCAAUGAUGAUGAUGAUAAUAAUAUUGACAAUUGGAAAAUUUGUCAUACAAAUACAUUUCCAGGUUUUGGAUAUGUUGAAGCUAGCAAAAGCAAUAAAAGAUUUUGCAUAUCACCAAGAAAAUGUGAAUAUGUUGCUAUUAUUGAACAUGCUAGACAUGCAUUUAUAUAUGAAAGACCAAUUAACAAUUCUACAAUAGCUAAACAAAAAAUUGUUGAUCUUGGUCCUGACAGUCAACCAAUAAUGGGAGCAUCAGCAACUAAAAAUUAUCUUAUUUUAUUAACAAAAAAUAAAUUGUAUCAACUUAAAAUAACUCAAUAAAUAUUAUUUUUCAUUUCAAA